AUGGAGUACAGAAGAAUGGAUCCUGGAGAGUCUGGAGCCAGCUUCGGGGACCCGCGCGCCGUGGAGGGGACAACGUCGAGGUCCCGGCCGAGGUCGGGCACUUGGAGGCAAGGCCGAGGGAGCGCGCGGGGGAGGGUGGGCGGCUCCUCAGCCCGUGGGUGGUUUGCGAUUCGGGAGCGACAGACUGAAGUCCUGGACCAGCGGGGAGGUGGGAGGGAAGGGGGGUGGGAGGUGGAGCCGCCGGGUGGGGGCGGUGCCGCGGGGAGCGGAGCCCGGCCUCUCGCCCCCACCGCUCUCGGUGCCCGAGUCUGGGCGGUGACACAAAAAGCUGCCGCUCGGAGCCGAGCGCCUGGCGGCGGUGUUCGACUGCGAGCGCGGAGGGCGGCCGGGCAGGUGGGGCGCCUCCCGAGGGUCCGAGCAGGGAGCUGGGGCUGCAGGCGCCGCCGCCGCCGCGCUCCCCGCGCCCGCCCCGCAGCCCUCGGCGUGCGUCUGGCCGAGCGGGUGGCGGGCGCGCCGGGACCCCCCGGAGAUGCUGCUGCUGCCGCCGCCGCCGCCGCCGUCGCCGCUUCUGUAGGGAGCGCCGGAGCCCGCUGCGGGGAGGGGUCGGUGAGUUUCGGUUUCUCUGCUCUGUCCCUCCUGGGUCGCGGGCGGCGAGAGAAGCGCGAAGGGAUGUCUGCGCCCCCGCGGCGGCCGCGCCCGGAGCUAGGGAAGCUGGAAAGGGGAGGUGCCGCCUGGCUGAACAAAGCUCAGGCUCAGUUGUGCUUCCUGCUUGUCAGCCUCUUGCCUCCCAAACGCGUACCAUUUCCACUUGAUGUCAUCACGCAGAAGGGGGUGAAAGGGACUCGGUGACAGAUGCAGG